GCCGCGACGAGGGCUAUGUCGUGGGCGUUCUGAAGUGGUUCGGCAAUCUGGAGCGCCACUACGGCUGGAGACUGCUCAUCCUGCUCUGGUCGUCCCAGCACCUCCUCAAGGGGGUGGUGAACCAGUUCCAGUCGUCGGCCGUGAUGUUCCUCCUGCAGGAGUACAACGUGAGCGGCCCCAGCAUGCAGAUCUACACAAGCAUCGGCUCCGCCGCCUGGGCGCUGAAGCCCCUGAUCGGCGUCGUCUCCGACCUCUUCCCGUGGUGGGGCUGCCGCAAGGCGCCCUACGUGGUGGCCACGUCCAUCAUCGGCAUCUGCAGCACGAUGCUGAUCGGGAGCGCCUCGAAGGAGUCGAUGACGGUGCUGGGGACCGUGUGGUGCCUCUUCGGCAUGUCGCUCCAGGCCUCCACCUGCGACCUGCUGACGGAGGCCAAGUACUCGCAGAAGCUCCACGAGAAGCCGGCCCACGGCCCGGACCUCAUCACCUACGUGUGGGGAG